AAUUAACGGUCACCGUAUAUUUUUGAAAGUGGAGCUGAUUAUUGGUAUGAUCAUAUUGGCUAAACUUUACACAUUUUGUGGUCUAAAACUACCUUCAUAUGCACGAGAAAUGUCAUAGAUAAGAAUAAGAGCAAUAAAGGCAUUUGCGGUCUGAAAACAGAGCUCAACUAUCCCUCAGCAGACUAUAAUGAUAAAUAAGAGAGGAUAUAUAAUGAAAGGUCAGGUGGUUUUAAGAGAGAGAAAAUGAUCAGGUUCAAUUACGUUCAAAACCACCAAGUAUUACAAAAUAACUCCUCACAAAGCACAAACUAAACAGCAGACGUACUAUACUAUUGAGUGUCGCGGCCUCAAUACACACACUGUACUCGCCUAUUUCUGCAUGACAUGCACGCGCGCAUACGUGAAAAGUAUCGUUGGCUUUGUACGGGGAAUCCCCGUCGUUACAAGAUCGGUUUAGUCGACGUUAGAUACAUUUAGACGCCAUCUUGAUUUGUACAUGGCGCGCAAAAGUCACCGGUAUAUUAUCGAAUAGUUCUUCUUCAGGCCAAUGUUAAUCAUCAGAGGACAGCCAGUCGAGGAGGUAAACUUUCUUUCGGAUUUCAAAAUACGAAGGGCUGUGUUCUACAGGUCAAUACUCUGAUCAGGAUGGCGGCUAAAUUCAGCUCUGCAGAAGACAUCUGUGAAGGAGAGAACUGUGAGGCAAUCACGGAUGUGACGUACUACGUGAAGGAGAAGAAGAAGCUCUGCAAUAACUGCGCCUCCACAGAGGGAUGCAUCGGAAAAGCAAGAAAGGGUGGGCCCAAUCUAUAUUGUGUGAAGCAUGAUGAAGAAAUCAAAUUGUAUUGUACAACACAUGGUGUAGCACUGUGUUAUUCAUGCGCACAUAUAGAUCAUCAUGAGCAGUGUUGCGUGCGACAGGAUAUAGAGGGCGCGAUCAUGGAAAGUAGAGCGAGUCUAACCACUCUAAAAGAAAAGGCAAAGGACAAAUUAAAGCUCUGUCGAGUUUAUGGAGAUCAGAUUCACCAGUGUAGGAAAGACACCGACACCCAUCUACAAGCUUUGAAAGAUGAAGUUGAUUCGGUAAUCAAUGAGGCUAUCCAAACAGACAUAGACAGAGAGAAGGAGGAUGCAGCAAAAAUCAACCAGGAUAUUGAUGAGAAGAAUCAAAAACUUGAAGAGGAGAUUCAAAAGAUCAAUGACAAGAUUGUAAAGAACGAUGAGGAGAGAGAGAAGCGACUCGAACUGAACCGUACAAUCGCAGUGAAAAGACGAGAACCCAUCGACAAAAAACAGCAUAGUCUUCAAAAAGACAUUCAAAACAUCGCUGAAGAGAAAGAGAAAAAGAUUGUGGAAUUUGAAAAAACAUGGCAAGAUGACACGAAAAUCACAGAGACUACAGUACAGACACUUGACAGAGUACUUGGAGAUGAUCAAAAUGUCGUCAAAGACGGGCAACUUCUGAAGACAUCAGUGAGUGAUGAACUAAAGAAGCCACUGAAUGAGGAUGGUUUGAAACAAAUCACUGGUACCAUAUCGGGUGUGAGGUUUGUGAAGGGUGCUGGGAGAGAGAAGUAUGAUGGGAGGAUUGAUUGGUAUGAUGGGGAGUGGAAACUCAUUGAAACAAUCAAUAUCAAAGAUAAAAUCACAGUCCCGGCCAUUGUAGGAUGCAUAGAUGAAUGCAAUGUGAUCAUCACAGAUACAGUAAAGGGUAGCCCACAUACAUACGUGUUAGAUAUGAACACUAAACACACUCAGAGAGUGAUAACCGGUAGUAAUAGAUCAUGGGUUAUCACAUGUGCAUUGCUGAAUGAUGACAAGGUAGUAUGCGGUAAACACAGUGAAGGGUUUACAGGGGACAGUUUGACCGAAUGCAUCAGUGUGUAUGACAGACAAUGGAAGCACAUCAAUGACGUCACAAUACCAAGAAACACAACGCUUGGUGACGCAGGGGUGGAUGUAGCUGCUGACCAGGAUGGGAUGAUCAUCGCUGCUGAGUGGGAUCAGUCUAAGAUAUACGUCAUCAACCCAGCUGAUGGUAAGAUCAUGAAUACCAUCACAUGUAAACAGAAUAUAAGGAUGCUAGGUUCACUAUCAUCAGGUCACAUCAUCGCUCAACCCUUCCCACCAGAUCACAGAGUGUUCAUUAUCGACAGGCAGGGUGCUCAAAGGGAAAUCCCCCACAGUGAUGAAAUCCUGAAUGCCUGCAUCGAUCCUAUGACAGACGACCGCUACGUUGUAACAUCAAAUGAUGAGUACAAGACGUGUGUGAUUGAUCAGGUGAUGAGUGGGCGUGAUAUGAAGAAGAGCUUGGUAGCAUCAUUCCCUCUAUCAACUAGUCUGGGCUCACCUGAAAACAGGAAACAUCGCCUUGCAUUAUCUCGCGUGGUGAUGACGUCAUCGGGGAAUAUGAUUGCUUGCGAUGGAGACAAUAUUCUCGUAUUCAAAAAGCUAUUGAGCCUAUGAAGCAGGGGCGACGAUUUUCAUGACCGGGGUGGGGGGACGAAAUGCGAGGGACGAGGGAGCAUAGUGAAACAGAGGGGCGAAGGUGACGGAAGU